AUGUGGGAGCGUUCGUGUGUCAUUUUCAGUCUACUGACCACGAUUGGAAGUCCUCGAAACAGUCGUCGGAUUAUACAUGGGAGCAAAUGGAUCGGAGAAGAGUUCGAUCGAUCUUCCAUUUACAACGCGCACCAGAUCCAUCUCCGUCCCUCUCUCUCGAUAUCGUGUGUGUUUUCAUCACCGGCCAUGAACACUGCCCAUGAACACAAUCUCAAGUUUUUCAAUCUAAUUCCUUUCUCAAGCAAGCGUUUCAAAUACCUUUUUGUGAUCACCUUCCUCUCCUUCCUCCUCCUCCUCUUCCAAAUGGAAUCCUUCAAUCUCUUCUCGCUCCAUUCGUUGCCCCUUCUGCAGAGGUCGACUCAACCAUGCUGCCUCGCCCCGGAGGAGGAGCUCAACCUGACUCUCCCCAUACUCCGCCAACUCGACACUUUCUUCCCGCUCAAGGACUUGAACUUCUCCGAUCAGCCGACGUCGGCACGGACCUGGUUUAUGAGCUCCUUCAACGACUCCUUCGACGACGACGGCGACAGCCAGUAUCUCUACUUUCCGUCGAUGACGUCGAACGGACGGUUGCUCUGCCUCUCGGCGCGCGAUGUUUCCGACGGAACAAGGAACUCCUACGCCCUAGCAUGGCCGGAGGCGCUUCCCGACGCCGCCGCUCUCUUCCCAGGCCUCACCUUCGUCUCCGACACCUUCUACGACUACGACAACCUGUGGCACGGCCUCUCUGCGCUCCUGCCGUUCGCGUCGUGGCACCAGCGCAAGCAAUGCGUCGUGCCUGCGCGGUGGGUGCUGUUUCACCAGGGCGAGUUAAGGACGACAAUGGGCAAGUGGGUUCGCACUCUCGCGGAGGCGGCUGUUGGGGAGGUGAGGAUCGAGGACUUCGGCAGCGGCGGCGGCACAGGAGGGAUGGCGUGCUUCGAAAAGGCGUUGGUGUUCCGGCACAACGAGGGCGCGAUGAAGAAGCAGAGGCGGAGGGCGGUGUACGCAGGGAUGCGGUGCAGGGCCAGAGCGCACUGCGGCGUCGUGGGAGAUCGUCGGGAGGAGGAUUCGACGGUGACGAUUCGCUUGACGUUGCUGCUCCGGUUGGGUUCGAGGGCGUUCAAGAACGAGUCGGCGGUGAUGGGAAUCUUCGAGAGGGAGUGCGCUAAGGUGGAAGGUUGCAGGGUUCAGGUUGCAUGGGGAAACAACAUGACAUUUUGUGAUCAGGUGAAGCUGAUGAGGGAGACGGAUGUGUUGGUGUCGCCUCAUGGUGCUCAGCUGGCGAACUUGUUCCUGAUGGAGGAGAAGAGCAGCAUCAUGGAGUUCUACCCCAAGGGGUGGAAUAAGUUGGCCGGAGAAGGGCAGUAUGUUUACCGGUGGAUGGCGGAUUGGGCAGGGAUGCAGCACAAGGGAUCAUGGCAGGAUCCGGAGGAGGUGGAGUGUGCAGAUGCCGACCAGCUCAAGUGCUUCAGCUUGUACAAAGACGGAAAAAUUGGGGUGGACGAAAAGUACUUCGCGCAAUGGGGUGCAACAGUGCUCGAGGAGGCCAAGGAAUUGAAGCUAACCAAUGGCCGACUACACAUUCCAUCCACUCCUUGUCCAUGUAUGUAG